GUUGUUCUUAAGUCUUAACUUCAAAAUGUCGAUACGUGAUUUAGUUGAAAAUGAAUGUGGUGGUACCAAUUCUUUAGUUGAAUUUUCCACGCAUUUUGUGCAAGACCACGCAUUUAAGGAUCAAGACCUACAAUCAACGCAAUUUGGAGAAAACAACGGUCAACGUUUUUUAGAAUCAAGCACCGGAGAGUUGGCWGAUCAAUUUUUUAGUUCCAUAGAAAAUGAUACUUUCAAAAUGGAUGAUCUUUUAGCUGACAUGAGAAGGAUGGAAAGUGGUAGUCGUGAAGAUGCCUGGCCCAAACAAUUUUUAAACAAAAUUGAAAAACAGGACCGACUGUUCGAUCCAAACAUUUGGAGCUCUAAAGACAACCAAAUGCUUAUUAAAGAUGACGUUGAUGGAUUUGGUUAUAAUUCUGAAUGGGKAAAAGAAAUAGAGCAAUCUUAUCAAAACCAAGAGAUUAACGUUAUGAAAUCUCGUUUUGAUUUUGGAAAGAUUAAAGAAAAUAUGAACAUCUUAGGUGAUAUCAAUAUUGAACCCGUAUCAAGUGAUAAUUUUAUGGGACCACAAAAUAAAAUGUUCAUUGGUAAUGGCAUUGGUAUGCCAAUCAAUAAUUUUGGAAUUGGGUUGUACGGAAACUCGUUACUUGCCAAUCAACAUUUUGAGCAGCUUAGAGGAUAUGGUCAGGGRUGGGAAAUGAAUAAUAUGUUUGAUACAAUGAUACCUAGUACAUCAGGAAUAGACAAACCAAUUAUGGUUGCAGAGGGAUCUUCUAUUCUAGAUAAUGCUAAUCUAGUUGCUGAAGCUAAUGAAAGUGAAAGUAAUAUCGAAAUUGGAAAUGAGAAUACCAAUUUCCAAACAUGGUAUUCUGAAUUUGAAGAAAUGAAGAACGCUGAUAGAAAAAAAGAAUAUACUUUCACACCAGACAAUGAGAUGGACUCUAUAGAAAAUCCAUUAAUGGAGGGUAAAAGACGUUUAGAAAAUGGUGAAUUACCAUCAGCCGUUUUGUGUUUUGAAGCUGUUGUUAAACAUGACCCUUCCAAUGUAGAAGCUUGGCAACUUUUAGGUACUACUCAAGCUGAAAACGAACAAGAUCAGCUAGCUAUAAAUGCGCUCAACAAAUGUCUUGAACUUCAACCAGACAAUUUAACUGCUAUACUUUGUUUGGCGGCAUGUUACACAAAUGAAAGUUGUAGUUUACAAGCUUGUCGUAUGCUUAUGGAAUGGUUAAAUCAAAAUCCCAAAUACUCAAAUAUAGUGAAAUCAAAAUCAAUACCAGAAGACCCUCCAAUAAUAAAAUAUCUAUUUACUACAAAACUAUAUGAAUCUGUAAAGGAAAUGUACAUAGAAGCAGCUCAACAGAGCUUAGAAUUAGGAGAUAUAGAUGCAGAUGUCCAAAAUGGAUUGGGUGUACUGCUCAAUCUUAAUAAUGAGAAUGAUAAAGCAGCUGAUUGUUUUAAAGUUGCUUUACAAAUUAGACCUGAAGAUGCUCGUUUGUGGAAUCGCUUGGGUGCAACUUUGGCCAAUGGCGGUCGAUGUGAAGAAGCUAUAGAAGCGUAUCACAAUGCUUUACAAUUGUGUCCUGGUUUUGUAAGGGCUCGUUAUAAUCUAGGA